AUGCCUUUUACUACUGCUCGUUUGUAUGUCCCUUUCGUUCAUCUUGAGAACCCUCAAGCUAUUAUCUCUAAGCCGGUUAAGAAGGUUCGCUACAAUGAUUGCUACGCACAGUGGUUUUACCAGCGUGCUGGUAUUGGUAAGUCCUCGACUCAACUAAAUGCUUCUUUCGAUUUACAGCUGUCGGCAAGUGUUAAAAACGCGAAAUAUGUUGUGCUUUUACCAUUCGCGGAACAGACAAACAACUUUGCCUCUGCUACUGUUCAGCAGUUCCAGAGCCCCUUCGAUAGCUCUCCAUACACGCUUCAGCCCGGGUCGUCGAUUCGCAACUUUAACGUUCGUAUUGGCUCGACUCAGGUGUUCGAUAUCAGUCAUGACUAUGAUUUCCACCACUUUACCAACGAAAUUGCUAAGAUUUCAGCGAUUAACGGAGAUCUAACCCCUGAGCUCGUAAAUGGUCUACUUGACUAUCAGACGUGGUCGCUCACAAACCGCAUGCUUAUUGUCGAUGUCAGUCGCCUGACUGAGCGCGAUGUACCUCAGGCUAUUCAGAUCCAGGGUACGAACGCCGGAUGCCAAGGUGUGAAUAUGCUGAUCCUCGUAAUUAGCGAACAGGAACUAAUGUUCGAUAGACUAACCGGAGAGGUUCUAGACUUCACUACAGCGUAA